AUGCCACAUGGUGAUUCUAACAUGUGUUUCUUGGUAUGGACGUCGCUGAUCAUUAUGUCAGAAAUUGUCGGCGCUGCCCCAGCAUCAAAGAAAGACACCCAAAUUAACGGAACAACAGAUCAAAAUAUUUACAAUACGACUGAUUGUCAAACCAAAGAUGUUCACGUUAUUGAAACAGGAAAUCAAAAUAUAUGCAAUACAAGUGCUUGCCAAACCAGAGCCAAACUUAUAAAGAAACUUCUAAAUGAUGACAUUGAUCCAUGCACUGAUUUUUAUGGAUAUGUGUGCAAUAAUUGGAUUUUUAACGAACCGAUUCCUGAUGACGAGACGGUCACGAGUAACCUGAAUAAUAUUUAUGACCAAAUGUUGAAUGAUUUGAAAGAUAUUUUGGAAAAUACAGCGUACAAAACUGAGAAACAGAAUGCCACAGAUAAAGUUGUGGUUGCGUAUCAUAACUGUGUGAAUACCUCAAUUCACGAGGCCAUUCAGUUUCGUGCUUUGGAAACUAUUCUGGAGAGCGUUGGUGGUCAGUAUUGGCCAAUUUGGCCACGCCUUCGAGAUGAAAGCGUCGUACCUUGCUGGCAGGACCUCUACACCAAAAUUCACAAUGAGAUAAGCUUCAAUUUGCUGUUGAUUGUAGGUGUCUUUGAAGAUCCAACGAACGUCACGAACAAUGUAUUGUCCAUAGGCAGGCCGGAGUUUGGAAGCGCUGCACAAGACAUUAUGGGAGUGUCCGAGAAAACUAAACUCACUCCUGAACAAAGAGCUUACUUGGAGCUCAUGGGCUCAAGCAUCAAAACUUUCUCCCCGAGAAGAACAAACGAGGAUAUUUUAAUUAUUAUGCAAGACAUUAUAUGGUUCGAGGGUAACAUUACAAAGAUUCAUCGGGAGGCAGAAAAAAAGUAUGGAACUGGAAUUCAUUUCGUCAAAACGACGCUAAAGCAACUUUGCAAUGUGUCUGAAGAGCUCGAUUGGAAGCUUUUCCUCGAGAAGAUAUUUGACGCAGUCGGUAUCGAGCUUCACCCUGAAGAGCCAGUAGUCCUCGGCGACGAAUUCUACAUUAAAGAAAUAAUUCGAUUUUUGAGUAAAUCACGCAGAUCCACGGUGUAUAACUACUUUAUGUGGCGAGUGAUACAGCGCUUCGCUCCCCUCGCCCUUCAAAAGUUCCGGGAGAUGACCUUCGUUAUGACCAGCCUCUCCACUGGUGCCAAGAUGGACCAUCCCCAGUGGAUGCACUGCCUAAGCUACAUCGCCGGAUAUUAUGGCAUUAUGGACUAUGCCGCCGGAAGGCUCUACGUGCAAAAAAAGUUCAGCGCAACCGCAAAGAAGGAUAUAAAUGGCUUGGUUCUAGAGCUUAGUGAAUCUUUCAAGAAACGCCUUUUGGAGUUAAGAUGGAUGGAUAAGGAAACAAAAUCGCAGGCUUUGGCAAAGCUUACUCAUAUGGUUAAACAUGUGGCCUAUGAUGAACAGCUGAUGAACGACACACAUAUGAAUUACAUAUACCGUAACGUGGGGCGCGUCGAUCUUGGUGAGCCUUUUAUUUUGUCCUACGUGAAUUUCCGUAAGCAACUUGGCCUGGAGAAUUUGAGAGAGUUACGUGUGAAGAACAACCGGACAGAAGACUGGGCGUCAGCCCCCGCUGUCGUUAAUGCAUUUUAUUCACCGCAGUCCAACUCAAUAACAUUUCCUGCUGGUAUACUUCAAGCACCUUUAUUUGAAUAUGGAUUACCAAUGCAUAUCAAUCUUGGAGCAAUAGGAACGGUUAUUGGCCAUGAAAUUACGCACGCCUUCGAUGACACAGGCAGUCAGUUUGACGAAGAAGGUAAUUAUCGAAACUGGUGGACGAACAAAACCAAAGAGAAGUUUUUGAGAAAAAUUAAAUGUUUUGAAGAGGAGUACGGUAACGUUACGGAUAAUAGAGUCCACGUAAAGCUCAAUGGAGUCCAGUCAAAAGGGGAGAACAUUGCAGACAACGGAGGUCUUAGGGAAGCCUAUCGUGCAUACCGCAGCUGGGCUCUAAAGACGAAAUAUGGAGUAGCGCCUUCCUUGCCAGGACUGAACCUCACUAGUGAUCAGCUUUUCUUUGUAUCAUAUGCACUGACAUGGUGCACUAAUAUUCGCCCAAAACAACUUUUGUCACAAAUACACAACGAUCCCCACUCUCCUGCGCGGCACAGGGUAAAUGAACCACUGAAGAAUACGAAAGCAUUUUCAAAGGCAUUCUCAUGCCCUAAAACCUCGCGCAUGAACAAGAAAGACAGGUGUAUCUUGUGGUGAAGUGGAAAGUGGAGCCACUUGAUGGCGCCUGGUCAAA